GAACUGUAAUACACGUGCAACUACAUGCCAUAUCAAGCUUUUUGUAAUAUUGUACGUAGAAAUGUAUCGAUUGUACGGAAUAAUAGGAGCAAUAUCGCUAUGUUUCACCAGCUACCAGGCUGCUGAUACACAAGUUGAUGUAGGAGCUGAUGCCAAACUCAUCGUAGAGCAAAAUCGAGCCGAACUUGUACUCAUGAGAAUUGUACCAUUUCGAACCCCAGAUCAACUUAAACAAAUCAACGACCAUGUUGGUCAAUUGGAUAAAACACCUUUAAUAGACCCUGAUUAUGAACCUGCGACCAACUCCUAUCCAUUCACCAAUCACUAUCUGGAUUUAUACUUCGUUCUCAUCACUGAUGAUAAAAAUACGAUUUUAAGUAAAUACAUGACUUGGUUCCUAAAAAAGAAAAAAGACGAAAGAUGCAUAAUCAACCUUAUGCUAAUGGUUGAUGACAUGGGGAGUUUCAUCAAAAUUUAUAACAGUCAACACCACGACAGUUUCGAAGACAGUCGAAAACAUCAAUCAAAAAAUUUUCGAAACAUGCUGAGAGUCUGGGCUGAGAGUACUAGACCUCCUGAUGGUGAUAUCGAUUCAAAAGCUGUCGAUAAGGAAGCAGAUGCUUUAAAUGAUGAAAAACCUAAAUGGGAUAAGCAUCGAGAUCAAUUGGAAAAAGUGCUUAUGAAAAGCUCUUAUAAGAUGGCCAAAGCCAUUCUAGACAAAUAUGAAGAAAAGAAUAAACAUCCCAUCGAAGAUGACAUAAGAGCAACAAUAAAAAACGAGUUUCUCGUCGAUGCUUACUGUUCUUUAGCAACUUACAUAAAGGACAAAUACACAUUGUUGGCAAGAAAACUACACGAGCAAAGUGACAACAAGGAUCGUUUCGCCACAUGGAUCAUUUUGGUGAAAACUCUCAAGCCAGACGAAUGGAAACAGAUUGAUACCAGUUUCAAAAGGGAAAAUAAUAAUAUCGGUGUGGUGGAAUUCAUUUCGAAAAACAUCAAAGGAGACUUUGUGGUCAUGGAAACAUUAGCUUAUCUGAUAGAUUCGACUUAUAAACCAAAAUUUCUCGGUAUUCCGGCACCAAUAGCCACUCCAAAGCCACCUUCACCUCCAAAUGUCCCUACACCACCUUCAGUGCCAUCUACAACGGUAGUGACAACACCAGCACCAGCACCAGCACCAGCUCAGCCAACAUCACCUAAUCCUUCUCCUUGAUAAAUAUCCUCAUUUCUAUAAAAUAUACGGUGAUUUUACCACAAA